AUGUGCGGGGAUUGGCCGGCGAGAGUUCGAAUCCCUCCCACGGGUGGUGACGAUGCACGGCGGGCUUGCUACUUAAGGCGUCGUGGCCUCGCCCGCCCCGCCUUCGCUCCCGCGCUAGAGAGAAACAUGUAUCGUUUCCGAUCACAGCUCUUCACGGGGAUUUCUGCUGCCGCCACCGCCCACUCUCACCCCCGCCGCUUCUCGCCUCUGUUGUUAGCCGAAGACUCGCCCCUCUGCCGCCCGCCGCACAGACGCACCAGUAAAAAGUGCAGCUCCAUCGGCUGA